AUGUCACAACAUCAGCAACCCAAAAAAUGGAAUGAUGUAUCACUAGAACUUAUAAAAGAUCCAGAUAAUUUCGUACUAUGGCAACAAUUAAUAGAAUCAGCAGAAUAUAACAACAAGCAAGGAAUUUCGAAAUCAACACCACCAAAUAAAUUAGAAAUACUACGUAUAUCAUAUGAAAAAUUCUUGAGGAAAUAUCCAUUUAAUUAUAUAUAUUGGAUAAAAUAUGCUGAAUGGGAAUUUAAAUUAGGUAAUACUAACGUAUCUUUACAAAUAUAUGAAAGAAGUUUUACGUACUUGAAAUAUUGUAUUGAAUCAUGGAUUUCAUUUUUACAAUAUAAAAUUAAUACAAUUAGUGAUAAUGAAAAUGAAAUUUUAGGGUUAUUUGAAAAAGCAAGAAAAUUAAUCGGGUAUCAUUUUUAUUCAUAUGAAUUUUAUAAUUUAUAUCUAUCAUUUUUGGAUAAUUAUGCAAAUGAUGAAAAUCAAUUCAAACAAAAAUAUUUUACAUUAUUGAGAGUUAUCAUUGAAAUACCAUUAUAUCAUUAUGAAUUCUUCUACAAAAAAUACUUCGAAAUUAUAAGUCAAUUAGCAGAGCCAAAAUAUCAAUCAAAUUUGAAAUAUAUAGUUCCUGAAAAAGAUAGAGGAAAAGAUCCAAAAACAUUAGCUGUACAAUUAAGAAAAACAUUCAUUGAUGCAUAUAUUACAACACAAUUUAAAGUUUAUGAAUUAUAUCAAUUUGAAAAAAAAAUAACGAAACAUUUCAAUGAUUUUAAAUUUAUAUCGAGGCAAAAUUUAGAUAAUUGGGACUUAUAUUUUGAUUUUUUACAACUAAAAAACUAUCCUUUUGCAUAUAUCGAAAUGAAUUAUUGGAGAUACAUAUAUAUUACAUUUACAUACCCAAGUUCAUGGAUUAAAUUAGCUGAUUUUUACAUAUAUCAUGAAAAAUAUAAUGUUGCGAAACAAGUAUUAAUACAAGGUUGGAAAUUAUUAGGUAAUUAUAAAAUCCUACUCAAGUUGGUAGAUUUAGAAUUAUUUAUGAAACAAUAUUUAAGAGCAAAAGAUUUAAUUUUGAAUUAUUUGAAAUAUAAUAUAUCUGUUCCUACACCAAUUUAUGAGAAGUUAAUAAACAUCGAAAGAAUCUUAAAUCAUAGUGAUGAUGAUCAUUUAAUAGAAACUUUCAAGACUAUAAUACAAGAAACUCAAAAUGAUUGGUUUUUCAAUGUAUUAACUUAUUACUCAAUCGAUAAUGAUAAAAAAUUGAAAUUGAUAGAAGAACUUAAAGAAUUCAAAGGUCAAACAUACUACGACAAAGCAAUAAAUUUACUAUCACCAGUACAAACGUCCAUCAAAAGACCUGAUUUCAAAGAAAAUUACAAUCAAUUAAUGAGCAUUUAA